CAACCUAAGUAUGUAAACUUCUGACUUCAGCUGUACAUUGUGGUUGUGCACCAGGACCAUCCUACUCGGUGAAUUUCAUACAAAUAAAAAUUGUGAAACAUUAAAGUAUGCAACUAUAUGAAAUAUAUUCACUUGUCACCAAAUAACUGAUUAAAACACUGUUUUGCAAUGAAGGUGAGGAGUGAGCAAUAUCCUGCUUGUGGGUCAGUUUAGACCCUCGAGGCCCAGUAGGGAACAGUGUUGUUUUCCCUGGCCCGUGCCCAUCCGGUGUGAAUAGACUGAUGCAAACAGAGCGGAGAGUUAAAGGAGGGUCUGGUUGAACCCUGACUCUUGACCCCCCCCCCACACACACACACACAAUAGCCAUCAAGCAGUCGAGUGAUCGAAGUAGCCUACUGCUCCAGAAUCACCUUACCCUCCCCAAAUCUUAAUCUCAACCACUUAGAGGUACAACUACGAAACUGACUUUAGAGCAGUCUCUUCGGGAAACGCCAUCCUAGUCCCAACUUGUUUCUAUGUCAUGACAUAGGAUCCACUUCCUGGUUGUAACUCAGCUGAGUGAUCGUUUAUAAAUAGCAUAGGUAUUUUAGACCCCCAUGAAGGAAGGCACUGGCAGUGGGGUGGAGUUCAGAGGAAAUUACUUAAAGCAGCUGUGUAGACAUGGCUUGAGGCUAGAGCUACAGCCGUCGGAGCACCUUCAGGUGGAGAGUUCCGUGUGGCUGCCACUCAACGUCAUCUCCAACGGCAACGCUUCCAACAGCUCACAAGCGGUGGGCGUGACCAAGAUCGCCAAAUCCGUCAUCGCCCCGUUGGCCCAGCAGCACGUGUCAGUCUUCAUGCUGUCCACCUAUCAGACGGACUUCAUCCUGGUGCGGGAGAAGGAUCUGGCUGUAGUUAUCCACACUCUGGAGGAAGAGUUCAACAUCUACAGAGAGGUGGGGGGAGAGUACUCGGCUGUACUCAGCCAAGAUGUCCGCAAUGGCUUCCAGAAGAACGGCAAAGAAGCCCCCCAGCCUACAGUGCACCCGGUGCUGAUACCACCGAACCAGUUCUGUGUGAUGAGUCUAGACCCAGACACUCUGCCUGCCAUUGCCACCACACUUAUCGACGCGCUCUUCUACUCCAGCAGUCCUAAAGAGGGCGCUCUUCCCAGCCAGGAUCUGGACUGUAUCAAGUUCUUCUCCUUCUCCCUGAUCGAUGGCUACGUCUCUCUGGUCAUGGACACUGAGGCACAGCGACAGUUCCCUGCUGAUCUUCUCUUCACAAGUUCUUCCGGGGAGCUGUGGAGGAUGGUGCGCAUUGGGGGACAGCCUCUGGGUUUCGAUGAGUGUGGCAUUGUUGCCCAGAUAUCCCAGCCUUUAGCCGACAGUGACAUCUCCGCCUAUUAUAUCAGCACCUUCAGCUUCGACCAUGCCCUGGUCCCUGAAGAGGACAUAGUGAGUGUGACUGAGAUGCUCCAGCAGCACAGGAAAGAGCCAGCCUGCUGAUGGCGGCCUGGUCCGUACUACGCCCCUCUCCGUGUCUUGGGCCUGGGGCAGUACAGGGCUGGAGGGAGAUGCUAACUCUGUGCCUAGACUAGCACUGCAGCAUGAGCAGUAUUAACUAUGAACUUUGUUGCCAUGACCAUGCACCGAUUGGAUGCUGCCUGGACCCUGACCAAUGCACACAGCGGGAUAAGGGAAUUGGUGAACUUAAAGUCCAGUUGUGAUGCUGGUAAAACUUUACUUAAGGACUGCAGGUAUAAUGAGGUUAUAAUGAAUGCAUUCUAAGACUUGUUAUAAGCCUAUAUAACCCCCUUAUGUCUUAUCACCCCAUAACAAGAGCUGACUAAAUAACAGCAAUUUUGAGUCAGUUGUAAAUGUCCUACAUAGAGCGAUAUAACAUUAAAGGGAAAGAGAAAGGGGGAUACCUAUCAUAGCCUAAGCCUUGUCAUAAUGCAUUAUUAUAAAGGCGCAUGCACUCUUAUAACGAGCAAUAACACAUUAUACCUGUAGCCUUUUUAGAAAGUGUUACCGUGAGGACUUUAUGUUACUUUCCUGCUUGCCGCAGGGCACAAACAUGUUACUAGGACUGUAAACAACACGGCUGAGUCUUCCAGUGAUGUUUAUAUCGUAAUAGUAUGUGUCAAAGACCCCCUUUGUGUCAAAGGUCAAAUUAAUUGUGUGAGUGAAUUAUGUGAAGCACAACUUAUGCUUGGUAAAAAAACAUUCUCCAUUGGUGCGUCAUAUUCGCCACAUCUUCACAAAUUCUACGUGUAGUAGGGCACGUACAUUUCCUAAUCGCACCCCCAAUAGCUGAAGACACUCUUUGAAAUCUCAGCACCGCGUGUUAUUUUGGCCAAUUAUGUUUUUUACGACAUUCAAAAAGGUUCAAACUUAAAGUGUAUUUGUGGAAAUUAUUCUGUUAAUAAUUGUUAAAAACAAAUCUCAGAAUUGUAUUUUCUUGGAAAACAUGCAGGCAAUACUACAAAAGAUAUUACAAAAAUCCUACGACCAUCCAAGGUUAAGUGCGGUUUUAUUCAAUGCCGUGAUGCAGUUCCAACAUCAAUAAGUUACUCAGAUUUUUUUUAAGGGUCAACAUUUCUUUACUUUUGUAGCUUUGAUACGAUCAACACUAUGUCUUAUUUACAGUUUGUUUUUCAAUUUGCACAAUAAACAACUUUGUUUUUCAUUUCCUUGUAGACUGAUAUUGAAGCUACUAAUAUCAUUAGAAAUAUAUAUAUUUUUUGGUACAAUGACAUUUUGUACAAUAAAAAACAAAAUGUUCUGUGAAAUAUUUGUAAAAUGUACUGCUUUAUUCAAUAAAGACUAUUGAAUGAAUUCA